CAGGGACUCGGCUGUAGAAAAUGCAUGUAAAUAAAUUGUAAAUUAAAUACAUAGUUCUCUCUACUACAUAUUUGCAAGAACAUGCUUUAAUAUUAAAAUUGUAUCAAGAGAUAAUAAUAAGCAGUGAAAACAAUGGCAGUGUUCAACAUUUAUUUGCAUUGCUUAGUUGGUUUUUUUAUAAGGCUCUUACUUGUAGUAUAUAGUGAAGUUCAUGACAAACUUUAUGUUGUCCAAUAUACAGAUAUAGAUUACCAUGUCUUCACAGAUGCUGCGCAUCAUAUAGUUUCAGGGCGGUCCCCAUAUGACAGACAUACCUACCGAUAUACACCUCUGUUAGCAGCAUUUUUAGUUCCAAAUGUUUUGUUUCACCCAGCAUUUGGAAAGGUUUUGUUUUCAUUUAUUGAUGUUGUUGUUGCAUAUAUCAUUCACCGAUUGCUUCUGACUAAGGGAUGUAGUCAAACUAUUGCUAUUAAUUGCUCACUAAUGUGGCUGUACAAUCCAUUUCCCAUAGUUAUUUGUACUCGGGGGAAUGCAGAUGCAAUUUCAGCUGCUCUGGUUUUGGCAUCUUUAUUGUCUGUGCAGGAGGGCUGUAGCAUUAUGACUGGAAUAAUUCAUGCAGUUGCGACCCAUGUUAGACUAUAUCCUCUUGUAUUUACAUUACCUAUUUAUAUAUCUGUAAAGGGUGAUUCUGCUUCUCAGGAGGAGAAGCAGACGUCUCUAGGAAAAGUAUUUUCAAUGCUUUUUCCAGACAGGCAACAGUUGAAAUUUGCAGUUUCAUUUGUUGUUGUAUUAGCAGUAACAACAUUAUUCUUUUACUGGUUAUACGGUUACCAGUUCCUUCAUGAAAGUUUUCUGUACCACAUUGCUCGUCGUGAUACACGUCAUAAUUUUUCAGUCUAUUUCUAUAUGCUGUACUUGACUUCGGAUGUACCACUUCCACUUUGGCAAAGAAUUUUUGUUGUUUUUCCGCAAUUUGUGUUAUUGAUAGUACUCUCAUUUGUAUAUGGUUCCAGGAAAGACCUUGAUUUCUGUGUUUUGGCCCAGGCAAUUGUGAUGGUAACGUAUAAUACUGUUGUUACGUCACAAUAUUUUAUAUGGUUCUUAUCUGUGUUACCUGUCUGUGUGCCUUUCAUAGCAAUACCGAGCAAGCAAGCUGCUACUUUUUUUGUCCUUUGGAUUUCUGCACAAAUUGCCUGGCUUCUUCCAGCAUAUUUGUUAGAGUUUCAAGGUCGUGACACUUUUAUGUAUGUUUGGCUUCAAGGUAUUGCAUUUUUCUCGAUCAACAUUACUGUUCUAGUAAGAUUUGUACAAACAUAUAAGUCCUGUUGCCAUAGUAAGUUGAAAAGUAUUUAGUAUGUAUCAGUGCCAAUAAAUAGCUGGCUUAUGGAAUUAAAACUAUAUGUUUGAAAUUUGAAUUGUGUAAACCUGAUUAAAGUGUAUAUAAACAAAUUAAAAUUUGCAAGGACCAAAGCUAGUGGUCUUAUUUAUAAAUACCAAAAAAUACACACAUAGAAGCAUGUAACAGCUUCUUAGGGUCUCUUAUUGACUGCUGAAGAUUGAAGAAGAAAAGAUAUUUUGAAGAUGAAAGUAACAAAUUAUUUGUAGAAUCUGUGAAAUUAACACAUUGAUACAAGAAUGAGAAAUCCCAUGUGUUGCUUAUAACAACAUUGAUAAUGAUAAGAAAGCUAUGUUAAUUAUUAGUCUUUUGUGCAAUAUAACUAAAUCUGUUACAAGGAGUUAAGUGUGUUUUUUUCUAGUGUUAAUUCAUUAGGUUAUUUGAGAAAAUAUUCUUCAAGAAAUAAUAACUGGGACAGGAUGUGCAAAAUAAUGGAUAACUUUACAGGAGAGUAUCAGGGUUCAUUGUUCUCAACUGUUCUUAUGUUACCACAGUUGUAAAUACAAAAAUUAUGUAAACAAGGAAGUGUGGAUACUACGGGAUUCAUGUGUUUGUGAUGCAUAUGACAACCCUGCAACAAUCUAUUUCUUCCCUGUUUCAAAGGUUUCUUAAUGUCUUGUUGAAUGAAAUGAAAUGACGGCUGAUUGUGUUUAUGUUGGAACUAUUGGGAUCCAAGAAAGCAAUCAGGUGGCUUCAGUUGUGUCUGCAUUCAUGGUAUUUUAUCCCAGUGGAGUCCAUGCAGACUAUUUCAGUUGUCCAAAUGAAGCACACUGUAAUGAUUGACGCCAUUAACUUUUUCUUGAAUAGAUACUUGAAAGCUGAAUAUUAUUAAAUUGGUGUGCAAAAAUAACCAUAAAAUAAAAACUGGAGAACCAGUUUAGUGUUUGACUUAAGGUAAAGAAGAAGUAUUGUACCCUGUGCUUCUACUGGAGAAAUGAAAUUGAGUUGUAUGUAGCAUGUAGAUAAGGUUUCAUAUAGUUGUUAUGAAAGUAACUCUGUCGUUGUUACUGUUGAUUUAAAAUCUGUUAAUCAGUUAUAUUUAUUGAGAUAGGAGACAUAAAUGUGAAUAUCCAAAGCACAA